AUGGACAAAGAGGGCAUGAGGCUCAAAAAGUGCUCCACACCCACCGAUGUUGAGCACACACAUGACCUCAGUAAUUCGAGGACAGGGGAAGAAAAGAAACGCAAGAAAUCCACCGUUCAUGAGGACACCAAUCAUUCGUGGAAAGUGAAAAAAGUUGGAGCGUCCAAGAAAACUGCCGCUCAUGAUGCCACUAUUGGUAGACUGGCCGCAACCAUAAAAGAAGCCCAUGAUGAAAUCAUAAAGCUGAGAGAAUCUAUCAAAGAGAUGACUAAAACUAUGAAAAAACAACAGGAGAUAUUAUUGACAAUGGCUGGAACUAUGAAGAACCUACGGGUGAAAGAAACCCCAAAAGAAAAGCCUGCAAUCAAAAGAGAGUGUGCUUUUGAACGGGGUUAUGAUCGAAAUAAUAAGCAAACCAUUUUCGUUAAAGGAUAUGAUCCGUCCAUGCGUAGGGAUGAUGUCGAAAAGGCAUUGGUUGAACAUUUUCGUUCAUGUGGAGAGAUCACAAGGGUGUUUGUUCCCUUCAAGUGUUACACCCUUACUAGCAUAGGGUUUGCUUUCAUGGAUCUGAAAGAAGAUGGUCAUAGGAAAAAGGCUUUACUACUCGAUGGAAGUUACAUGGGAGGAAAGAAGCUUGAAGUUACGAUGGCUUUUGACAGGGAAGAAUUUAAUCCUUACGAAACUAUGCGUGGUUGUUCAGAUUGUCGUCGUAAUGUGCAGAAACACAUUUACAAGAAGGGUUAUGUCUGUGGUCGUCGGUCUAUUCCACUUAGUGUGAGAUGA